CCGCUCCUCUCCCUCAGCUCAUCAGUCCACAAACGACAAACCAAAGCAAGGGAGGAAGAAGGUGGUUUGUGCGGGUGUGCGCAGAUAUCAGCGACCUAACGCAACAUCAACUCUGUGUGCGCAGGACGGAGAACUCGCUGGCAUUGCAUACCGCUUUCGCAAACGCAGACCGCGGCAGCACCAGCACGAAGGAACUGAGGCCAGCUGCGUGUGUGUGUGUGUGUGUGUGUGUGUUCGCGUGCGUGUCGUGUGCAGAGGAAGAAGUCGUGCCGGUGACGCGGAAGCACAGGUACGCGAACUGCUCCAAUAACCAGUAACCAGCAACUGCGCUACUCGAGCAACAAGAACGACCAAGAACGACACCCAACAAGAACGAUCAACAAGAGCGAAGAGGACAAGCAAGGUCGAAAGCAAGCUUAGCUUCUCCCCGCACAAACACACGACGGGACGGGCGCAGGGCACACCUUGCAAAGCGUUGGUCGGUGCCCGUUUGGACGUGCAUGACAACAGCCAAGCAACAGCCGUCGUCGACUCGUAGUCAACACAUAAGCAGAGGCACAAGACGCAACCAGGCAAACAUAGUCACACAGCCCGCGUGGUCAGAUUGAAGCUGUGAUGGACACGAGUGAGGUGUUACACCACUCCAAUCCAGGCAAUCCUCAGCCGCCACUCCAUGCUGAUCCCGAUCGAUUGCGGCGCCUUGACCGCCGGAUUCAGAAUAACGGAUCCCGUUCACAAGGCGUGAGCCAAGACGGCUUCGACCCACCUGCUCUAGGCACUGGUCCGCCAGCGACGGGCACGGCGUCGUCGGACAACAACAUGCAGGCGCCUGUGCCUUCAAAGGGGCUGCACAUGUCGACAUCGCACCCAGUCGACCUGCUUCAAUCAAGCCCCCAGCAGCAACCAGAACAGCCCCAGCCACAGCAAUACCACCAGCAGCAGCAGAGGCAGCCGCCGUCGCGGCGCACAUCCGUCUCCGCAGACUCCCCAAUUUCCAGCAUGUAUCCCCGCGCAUCCGGGCCGUCGCCGUCAACCACCAGCACAGACUCGGACGACCUCCAGCGCCCAAAGCAGCCAAAACUCUCCACGUCCUCCCAGGCGUCGCUGAUGGGCCUUGGAUCAAUAGCAACUGCAAACGGCGAGCAGCUGCAGGCAACAAGCGCUUCAUCCUCAUCAACACAGCCAAGGACAUCAACUGCAAAGCAACGGCAGUCUGGCUCGCCACCUGCGCGGGCACGGAAAGCGCGCGCAGCGUCGAAGCGAAGAGGAAACUCUGCAGCAUCGCGCACCGAGAAUGCCCGCAAGGCGCUAACCAACUACGUGUACAGCUUGCCACUUGACACAUGUCGCUCGCGGCUGCUGGCGCUGGAGCAGGAGAAGGAGGAGACGCGAAGAACACACACGGAAGAGGUGACACAGCUACAGAGCACCCUUGAAUCCCUGCGAAGCAAGUACCGCAACACCAUUGUCGACCUCAUCAUGGCGCAGGCCCAGCAGGAAAACCGCCGCGCCCGGGACCAGCACUUGCUGAACGUCCAAAGACUCGGAUGGGCAACAGCCGUCAGAUCUGGGCUGUCUGUGCACGAAGCAUGGUGCGACGGGAGCGCAUUCAAGUCGCUGUACACCCGGCAGCGCGAGAUUGAGGCCAGAAGGAAGCAGCUGGAUGAGGACAAGAAGCGACUGCAAAAGCUGCGCCCCUCCAAGUCAAAGCGCCCGCCAAGAAAGAGCCCAGAAGGAACGAGCUCUGAGGAUGUUGGCGGGCGGGGUUCGUCAUCGCGCGGAUCAAAGGACAAACCGAAGCUGACGGAAGAAGAGUAUCAGGAGCGGCUGGAGGUGAUUGCCCUCAACCUCUCAAACCUCAAGUCUGAGGAGGAGAGCCUGAAGACCCAGCUUGCAGCCCUCAUCCGCGAACGAAACUUGCACGUCCGGGAGAUGAAGCGCAUCGCCGACGAGGACUCGGCACGAUUCCGUGGCCUCCCCUACCGUUUACACGAGCGCUAUGUGCUGAUGAGUCUUCUUGGCAAAGGUGGCUUCAGUGAAGUGUACAAGGCUUACGACGUAGACAACUGCCGCAUGGUGGCCUGCAAGAUUCACCAGCUCAACCCAACAUGGAGCGACGCCAAGAAGGCAAACUACAUUAAGCAUGCGACCCGUGAAUAUGAGAUUCACAAAGACCUCAAGCACCCGCGCGUCGUUGAACUCUACGACGUGUUUGAGAUUGACGCGAAUUCGUUCUGCACGGUGCUGGAGUACUGCCCUGGCCAGGACCUCGACUUCCUCCUCAAGCAGGAGCACCGGCUCACAGAGCGUGAGGCGCGCAACAAGAUCAUCCAGAUUCUGAAUGCGCUCAAGUAUCUCAACAGCGUGGAGCCGCCGGUCAUCCACUACGACCUCAAGCCAGCCAACGUGCUGCUGACGGAUGGCCAGGUGAAGAUAACAGACUUUGGGCUGUCGAAGCAAGCGAAGGACAUUGAUGAGUCCGGCAACAUGGAUCUUACAUCACAGGGUGCGGGCACGUAUUGGUACCUGCCACCGGAGUGCUUUGUUGUCGGCACGACGCCGCCGAAGAUCUCCUCCAAGGUGGACGUCUGGUCCGUCGGCGUCAUCUUCUACCAGUGCCUUUAUGGCGAGAAACCAUUUGGCCAUAACCAAAGCCAGCAGAGCAUCCUGCAAAACCACACCAUUCUUCGCGCACACGAGGUCAAGUUCCCAGACAAGCCAAAAGUCAGCGAGGAAGCAAAGGCGUUUAUCCGUCGUUGUCUGACCUACAAGGCGGAGCUGCGGCCCGACGUGAAGUCGCUGGCGGAGGACAUUUACCUCCACCGCAAGCCAGCGCGCAUGACCUGACACAGAGCAAGGUGUCGUGCCAUACCAUGUCACGCCGCCGUCACCGUCUAUUGAUCCGCUGAUUGCCAGGAACCAACUAUAUUUGAACCCCGUGUUGUGCAUUCUCUCCCUACCCUGUGUUCUCCAUGUGCGUAUGUGCGUGUAUUGCUGACCUUGAACCAUCGUCAACGCGCUUUUUGUUUGUUUGUUUGUUUGUUUG